AUGAGACCGACAGCCGCCUCCGCCGCCGCGUGUUUGGCCGCCGUGGCCGUGGCCGCGUUCGCCGUGGACGCGGCCGACCUGGACCUGGUGCUGCUGCACGCCAACGACAUGCACAGCCGGUUCGACGAGACGGACGUGUACUGCAACGAGUGCCGCGAAGACGACGCUUCGCUGGGCCACUGUUACGGCGGCUUCGCCCGGGUCUCCCAGUUCGUGCGCGACGAGCGGCGGUUGGCCAACGAGAGCGGCUGGCCGUCGCUGUUCCUGGUGGCCGGCGACACGUUCCAGGGCACGCCGUACUACUCGCUGUUCCACUGGAAGCCCGUCGUCGACUUCAUCAACCAGCUCCGUCCGGACGUCAUGACUUUAGGGAAUCACGAGUUUGACGACGGCAUCGAUACUCUUGUGUCUUACCUAGAUGGAAUAAAAAAUAUACCAACAGUAAUAUCAAACUUGAACACGACCGCAGAACCAACCUUGGAUAAAUAUCUGUUGCCGUCGAUUGUAUUUACAAUAAAUUCAACUAAAGUGGGAAUCGUUGGAUAUUUAACAACGGACACGCCGACCAUAUCCAACACCGGGAAUGUUGAAUUUUUUGACGAAGUUGAGUCUUUGAAGAAGGAAACAAAAAAACUACGAGACGAUGGCGUUAACAUAAUUAUUGGUCUCGGACAUAGUGGCAUUGAAAAAGAUCAAAUAAUUGCCAGGGAAGUGGAAGACAUUGAUAUAAUUGUUGGUGGACAUUCACAUACGUUCCUGUACUCCGGCACUCCACCUAGCAUUGAAAAACCAUAUGGACCAUAUCCACUAUACGUGACGAAUGUUAAUAAUAAGAAAGUGCCAAUAUUACAGGCAUAUGCAAAUACCAAAUACGUUGGCAAAGUUGUUUUAAAAUUUAAUUCUAAUGGCGACUUAGUUAGUAUCGAUGGUAAACCAACAUUAUUGAAUCAUGAAGCUAAACAAGAUCCAGAAAUGUUGACUGUGGUCGAUCAAUGGAAACCACAGGUAACUAAUAUUACAAAUGUUACGAUCGGUCGUACAGCUGUCGAGUUGAUAAACACUUGUCAUCAAAUGGAAUGCAACAUAGGCAACCUGAUAGCUGAUUCUUUCGUUUACUAUAACAUUCUGAAAAAAGAAAAUUACAAUGAGUAUUGGACUGAUGCUCCUAUUGGGAUAGUUCAAGCUGGUGGCAUUCGGACAACUAUCAACGAAACUGACCACGAUGGUUACAUCACAUUAGGCCAGUUAAUCAAUGUCAUGCCGUUUCAAAAUACCCUGAUUAAAGUUACUAUUUCUGGUAGCAGCCUAUUAGAAGCAUUUGAACAAAGCGUUUACGACUUUGUAGAGGGUCGAGGUGGAUCUAAACUUUUACAAGUAUCCGGCGUUCUGGUCGAAUAUGAUUUAACAAAGAGUCCUGGUAACCGAGUCUCUUCACUAUCACUCCGAUGUGGUGAUUGUAACGUUCCUAAAUUUGAACCUUUACAAUUAAAUGCUAACUACACAAUAGUGAUGAACAAUUAUUUGGCUGAAGGUGGAGAUAAUUUUAAAACAUUUCAAAAAAAUUUAAAGAAAAAUCAAGCAUUAGAUAUUCAAGAUUUCAAUGCAACAGCUAUGUAUAUGAAAUCGAUGAGUCCUAUAACAAAUGGAAUAGAGGGCAGAAUCAACUUUAUAUCCAAAGACAAUGAAAUAUCAUCAGGAUCUAACAUAAAUUUACAGAAUUAUCAUUUUAUAUUAAUUUCAUUCAUUAUUACAGUAUUAUUUUUUAACAUUUAA